AAACAGUCGACUGACUAGAUGACAGUAGGAGGAGUUGGGAGCUAUCAAUAAAAGCAUUCUACUCUUGGAUUAAUUUACUUUGAAACCUCAGGGAUAUAGACAACCCCUUUCCUUACACAUUGAGGACAAGAGAACAACAAAAACAGAGAUUUACGUGAUGCCUAUAGCUGGAGCCAUGUCCCACAUAAUACCCAAUCACAUUCUGAGGGUGGGUCAGAGUACCUGCCUGGACUCCGCUCAUGAGGCGGCUCUGGGGUGCAGUCCGAGCGCCAUGAUGGACUCCAACGGGAGUUGCAGUGAACAGGAUGACCUGGACAUCUCACUAAAUAACUUGAACCAGCUCAUUCUGGAACUGGACCCCACGUUUGAGCCCAUCCACUUCAACAAGAGGUCCCAGUCCAGCAGCCUCCACACAGAUGACUUCUCUCCAGAUGAAGACGUCUCCAACUGUGUGCUGGUCCCCAGAGGCUGUUCUCCAAGGAACAUCUCCACCUCCGUCUCCCCCUCCUGCAGCAUUCCCAUCCCACUGUCCUCUGCUUCUGGCUCCAGGUGCAGCCCCCAAGGCUCCCUGGUGUUCUCUGAUGCCUCCUCUCGCCCCCCACUGCCGUGUGGAAGUGUCGUCCGCCGGCGGCUGCCCUCAAUGCAGGGAGGCGAUGUGGGCAUGUGUUCAUCCCCGGUUACCCUGCGCAUGUCACACUCUCACAGGAACAGUGCCGUCUCGAUGCUCUCCACGUCGCCCGGCUCAGAAACCAGUUACAUGAUGGGCAGCUAUCAGUCAUUGCUCAGUGACAGUGAAGGCGACAGCCCCGAGUCUCUCCUCCUCUACCGCACAUCCAGCUCCUUCAGCGACGUGUCCAGGUCCUCGACCAGGCCGUUCACCAACAAGCCUUUGCCGACCGGCCCAUCACCACUCGGCCACUUCCAGGGGAUCCACAGCAGCCCUCACAGCAGCCCUGCCUCCCUGGCCGGUUCACUGACAGACAUCCCUGUGGUGUUGGUCAAUGGAGCUCCAGAGCGGGAGCUCAGCCCCCAGUCACCUCCAGAGGCAAUGGUCCCAGACGUAAAGAUCAAGCAGAGGCCCAGCUCCAGGCCAUCCUCGCCAUCUCCCUCUCACUCUUUCCAAGGCAAUCAGCACUCGAUGAAGUUUGUCAUGGACACUUCUCAGUUUUGGUUCCGCCCACACAUCAACAGAGUUCAGGCUGAGGCCAUAGUGAUAGAUAAGGAGCCGGGGACCUUCGUGGUGAGAGACAGCACGUCCUUCAGAGGCUCCUUCGGGCUGGCUAUGAAGGUGGACCAGGUGCCCAUCAAUAUAUCCCCUACUGGCCAACCAGCGGAAGGCAGCUCAGAGCUCGUGAGGCACUUUCUCAUUGAAUCGUCGGCCAAGGGCGUCCGUAUCAAGGGCUCCUCACAGGAACCAUACUUUGGUAGUCUGUCUGCCCUGGUCUUCCAACACACCAUCACUGCAUAUGCCCUACCCUGCAAACUUCUGCUCCAGUCACAUGAUCUGAAUAAAGGACAGGAGGGAACAACUGACAGGUCAGCACCAGAAGACAAGACAAAGACUGCUUGCAAUUUCCUCUACCUGAGUGCAAUCCCCACUGAGAUGUUGACAGGGCCAUGCGCUGUACAAAAGGCUGUGUCCUCCACCUUCACGAUGGACCAGGGCACCAUCACACCCACCAUAGUCAACCUGAAGGUGUCACCCAAAGGUGUCACUUUGACAGACAUCCAGAGAAAACUCUUCUUCAGACGUCAUUACCCUGCACACCUGCUCAGCUACAGUGGUGAAGAUCCAGACAAGAGACUGUGGCACAAGAGUUCCAAACCAGCAAGGAUAUUUGGUAUAGUGGCAAAAGGCACUGAAGCGGGUAUGGAGAAUGUGUGCCAUGUCUUCGCAGAAUACGACCCUCUUCAGCCCUGUAAUCCGACCAUUGAGUUGACACAGGGCAUCAUUUUCAAACCAUAACAUCACUCUGUCCAGUUUGGGAAGGUGAGAUAAGACAAUAUCACCAGACUGAAUGCCGGAAACCCCUGAAGUCACUUCCGUCAACGAGGGCGCCCAGAGCCAGACCUGAUACAGAUACUCUGAUGUGUCAUAAAGACACGUAACAGGGAUUCCUGUAGCAUGUUGCAGACCUGAUGACCCACUGAGGCCAAAAAGCUUUAUUUCCACCCAAGCUAAGAUUGUGGUGUCCGUUCAUAAAAAUGUGGUACCCCAAUUAAUUUCAUACAAGGUAGGAAGAUACUGUAGAUUUCAAAAUCGAUAGGUCAUAGAUGUUGCAAGCAAUAACAUUGUAUAGUUUGGAUGGAAAGGGUUCCACAAAGUACACUGCUGAUGAACUGUAGAUCAGUACCUUAUUUAAUAGUCACCCCCUGGUUAUGUUGGAGGGGACAGUAAUUCGAGCUAUCUUAAUUUCUACAGGAAACUGUGAUAUAAAUCUGUAGUAGUUAUCAUAACGAGGUUGAAAAGCACUAGAGGUUCAUUAGAUAAGUAGAGAUAUCCUCUCGGGGACAAAUUCUAACUUGAUAUCCAUAUGUCACUGCAUUUUGGCACAACUCUCCCAUUUACACUAAUGCAUGAGAAAAUGCGAUUUAUGGGCAUGCAAGUUAGAAUUCGGCCCUAAUAUGGGUAAUUUGAUUAUGUAUAGCCUAUUGCUAUGCUUCAUGACAGAAUUAUAUUUUUUCCUGCACUAACUUUAUCAUAUCUAUUUUCUCAGAUGUUGUAUAUUCUUGUGUAUUAAAUACAAAACGUAUCUAUUUCAUAUUUUGUCAUAUUUAUUUGAUAUGUAGGAUAGUAAUAAACUUAAAGUGAGAAGAG